UAUUGAUAAGUAAUAAUACCGUAUAGUAAUAGCUCUGUAUUAAAGUUUAAGGACCAUAUCGGUAGCAAAUUUUUCGGACAGGUAUAACUUUAAUACCAAGCGGUCACAGCUUCAAUACCGAGAAAUCAAUACCUGUCAGACUAUACCAGAUUUCUAACAGUGUAGCAAAAAAAUAUGCAUUUAUGGAACAAACUUUCUCCUCUCGUUCUGCGGGAAGAAAAGUAGGAAUUUGUUUGUUAUUUUUUCUUACACCGUACGCUUUCUCUCGAUAAGAAAUUAGCUAAGUAAAUUGGGUCACCCUACAAUUCACCACCGUCGACACGCAACAAACUCCAGAUUAUGUAGGACAAUUCCAUUUCGUUAUAUAUAAAACAAAUAAAUUACAUACAAUUCAAGUUCAAUUCGGUUCGGGGAGCGUAAAAAUCGAUACAACAACCUCAUUUCUCGGAAUACCAACAAACAUAACAAACCAAUUUAUUAUCGCCUCGUCUCAUUUUUCCCACUUUAUCUACACCAUUUCUCCCACUUUCUUGCACUUUCUCCCAGUUUCUUGCACCUCGCAUUUCCUGCAUUGCUUGCUUUGCAGUGCAAGAAAUGUAGCAAAUCGGCAAAAACUAGUCACUGCUUAUCUCAUCAUAAAAUAUUUUAUGUAAUUUGCUCCACAGAGGAACUCGUCUCAAUUUUCCCACUUUACCUUAAUCUAACAUAUGAUGUAUUAAUCUCAUCUCAUCAUAUAAACCCACAUAAUAUUUUAUACAAUUUUCACAGCGGAAUCCAGCCUCGACAUGGAAGAACGUCUAGAGAAAUCCACCCUGAGAAUGUUAAAGGCUGAGAAAUCCUUCGUCAACACGGCCAGAAUCAUUGCAGGCGUUGUGGACGACUUCGCUGGGGAAUAUGAGACCCCAGAUGACGCCAAGAAAUCAUCAGAGCCCCACGAAAACAGUGAGGAUCAUGUAAUUCUGUUUAGAGACGAUAUGCUCAAAAGUUCGUCAAUUGCACCAUUUCGAGAGAGGAUGAACCAGAUUUUCGACGAGAGAAUGACCUCUUUCCAAGACGGGCUCACCGACGAUGUCCUCAAAGUGGAUAAGCGAUUUAAAAAUCUCCAGCGACAGAUCCGAUACGGGAAAAAGGACGCCGAACGUUCCAAAUGUACCGACGCCUUGGACGAUCUUCCCGGCGGGGGUGGAGACGUCCCUGACUUCCAAAACUUUGAAGAAUUUCAGGACGACCGUCGAACCGCCGAGUCGGAGGAGGAUGACGACUAUGACGACGCCAUCCUCCCCACGAUGGACCCCCUCAGCCGAGAACCCAUCAAAACCGCCGUCACCAACAAGUUUUGUCAUCAUGUGUAUGACCUCGAGUCAAUUACGGGUUUGAUCAGGGACAAUUCGGAGGCUAAGUGUCCAGUCGAAGGCUGCAAAAACGAGGUCGCCCUCAAAUUCGCUGAUCUCAUCGUGCAACCAAAACUAACAGAACAAAUUCGUACCAAGAAUGAUAAGCUUUAUGGACGCAGCUAUAAUCAUACCCAUUUAAUUAAUCAUCUAAUAUCACUUUAAUUAAGUAUUCUUCAAUUGCAACUAAUUUUACCGUAAAAAUACUCAUUAUUUAUUUGAGAGGUAUACAAUAACAAGCUUUAUUAUAAUCCAA